AUGCAAGAGAUGUGGAACCAUAUAUAUUGGGGCAAGAUUCAGCACGAGAUCUCCAGAUCUGGUGCCGUUAUGAAAGUGGCCAAACAACGCCUCAUGGAAUGGCGCGGAGGGUUCGGUAUUGCAGCCUGCUCCAUCCUUACCGCAUUUUUCGCACAGGAUGCCGAUUUUUCAGAUACUGCAGCUCGCGAGGACUUUUCAAGGGCCAUGCUGAAACAUAACCGGUUUAUUUUCAGGGAUAAUUCAGGACUCAUUUCCAAGGACUGGACCGGCAUGUGGAGAUCUCCCUUCAUACUUCAGACAUUCGCAUCGCACCUCAAUUUCACUUUUGGCUGUGUUGAAGUCCCUGACCUCGACACCGAGAGCAUUAGUGCAUGGGCUGCAUUUGCCCUCACUGUUACUGCUGUUUAUUGUACUCUCCAGCUAAUCGUCGAUGGGAACAUCACUUUCGAAGUCAUUCAAGAAUCUCGUGGCAAACGCAAAGGCAUGAAGACCGAUGGCAGUGAUAUCUGGACGCCCGUCAUCACAAAGGGCGAGCAGUUUGCUUUCAGCAAACCUAUCUGGGGGCAUAUGACCGUCAAGCUCAUGGGGCCCAUUGUAGCACUUUCCAACAAUGUCUUCACAAGCAUUGUUGCGGAGGCACAACAGUACGCCAAGCAUGCAAAAAGUGUUGGGAACUCGGGGACUACCACCAGUGAUGCGCCUGAUGAGGAUGAUGUAUUUGCUGACCUCUUUGCAUUCUGUUGA